AUGAACGAACUUCUUGGAGAUCAACAAAUAGAAGAAUCUUACCUCAAAGAGGUUUUCUUUACUAAAUUGCCUUACAAGACACAAACCUUGCUUUCGGCUGUGAAAAAUCAAAACUCUCUUCAACAAUUGGCAGAUUUAGCGGAUGGCAUUUUGGAAUUGUCAUCUAGAGAGUCUGUAAAUGCAAUUCCUUCAAUCUCUGAUGAAAUACAAGCAUUGAAGGAGAGUUAUGAAAAACAAUUUGACUUAUUGACGGAGAAAAUUGAAAGUCUUCAGUUCGAAAGCGACAGUCACUCAAAUACAAGAAACACAAGACGACGAAGGAGAUCGAAAAGUCCCAAAAGAAACGCCAUAUGCUGGUACCAUUCAAAGUUUGGUGAAAAAUCUUAUCGCUGUGUGAAACCAUAUUUCAUGAUUGAUAUAGAAUUGGAAGGCAUUGUGAUCUUGUAA